CCAGCUUGUUCGCAACAAGGUCGGGAAUGAAAAUUUUGAAAGUGUAAGUGAGGUGGUCUGAAAGUAAACAAUACACACCUUCGGACACGGACAGCAGUUCCUCACUCGGUGGCUUGUUUUUCGGUCUACGCUGAAGGUUUCCCUCUGUGAAGUUUUCAAAUCCAUAGCAAUCUGUACGUGUCGAAAUGUAAGUUCUUGUGCAUGACGAGCAAUUCGCGAUCAUCGUGCUUAGGUGUCGGUUCAGGUCGUGAACAAGGGUAGCAAGGACUAGUGGAGUCGGUCUUUUCGUUGGUGUAAAUAGAAGGCGUGAAAAAGAACAAUUGACUUCGGUUGUGUGGUUCUGGGGACUUGCGGCUUGAGCAAAGAGGGUCGUACAUCCCCGUCGUUUUCACCACCCUCUCGUCCUUAAUUUUCAGCCCCUGCCUCUAGUGCUAGUUACCAUCCAACGAUGGGCACCGGUGAGCCGACCUUAACAGGUAAAAAACAAAGUUAAUUUAUCUCACACUAUCUCAAUCUCUAUCAUAAUCAUUUUUCAUCGACAAGAAUCAAUAUUUAUAUUUACUAGAAGUAAGUGUAAGUAGAAAUCAUCACGACAAAUAGGGAAGCGAAAGAAGUAGAACUAGAAGUAGAGACAACGAUGAACAAGAAUGUCAACGUCAAGGUUAACCUCACCUAGGUCGAGGACGGCGUAGUGGAGUGCUCGUCUUCGACGGACCCUCGAAGCAGGGGCUAAGGCAGUAGGGAUUGGCGUACGCCGUCACCGCCGCUGACGUUUGCGGGGCCUGACUGGGAUCAGCAGCCUCUUGGUUUCUGUUGAACAAGAGCGACCUUCAAAUCCAUCAUUGCUGUUUCCUUCUUGAAGAAGGAAAGCACAACAUACCAUGUCGUAUCUUCAGGACGUGAACGCAAUGCUCCGCUAUCAGGGCUUGAUAGACAAGGAGAAAAAGCGAAAUUUGAUACACCCAGCAACGAGAUUGAUGCGGAAACGGUUUUCGGGAGAACCAAAGCCAGCCGAUAUAGGGAGUACUAUUUUUCUUGCUUCUGCUCUUAUUUCAUGUAUAUCCGACUAGAUUUCCUGUUUCAAGGCGUAGACGACGUGAUCAUAUCAGCCGUGUUACAGGAAUUAUUUCACGAUCCGCCAUUUUGACCUCUUUCGCGACCUGCAGGUGUAAUAUCCGUGGGUAUGAAUGUGGACCCAAAGAAGAUAAAAUUUCAAGAGAAGCUGAAUGAAUCUCUUGGGAGAAUAGUAGAGCCGAAGAGGUUCUACCAUGUGCCGAAACUAGUCAAGGAUCCAGAUACCGGGAAAGUGAAACCACAACGAGAACUCAGUAUUGCAGCUUUACUGAAAAUUGUUCUGAUUUUGUCCGGAGUGAUUUAUGCAUGAAUCUUUCUAUCUCUGGCUCUGAUCUGGUACUGGUCUAUAAUCUUUACACUUGUUUACUAUUCAUUGCUAACUGAAAGAAAAGCAAAUGCAAAAGCUAAAAACAGAAAAUUUUUUUCAACAGCGUACAGCAACAGGUACAAGCAAACCGUCACUCUAUUGCUUAUCCCACCGACAACAACAACUUCUAACAGCGAAAAUGUCAACGUAUAACCAUUAUUUGGAGCAGAAGAAGGGGCUAGUGAAAAACCCACACGGAAGCGGUGGCGGGAUGUGCAGCGGGGUAAACUCAAUACCGCCAGAACUAGAGGAAUUGCUAUACACGGGAACUGCAGACGAGUACGAAGGUAUGUCAGUUACCACUACAACAACCACAUUUCAUUUUUAAGGCACCAUAGUAACAGUAAGUAAUACUAGUCAUUGUCAUAGUCUUGUAGAAGUGUAUCUGGUUCUGGUGUCUGAUGUAGUUCUAGCUGGUGAGCAAGAAGUAGAUCCUAUUCAGAUAUGCAGUCGUAAUGACACCAAGAAGAAACUGCUUGUUGUGCUUCACUUCACAACAUACAUUCUGGCUGGUGAGCAAGAAGUAGUACAGGUCGUUAUGCAUACCUGAAAGCCAAGCGGAUAUUGAUGAAGCCGUCAGACCGAGUGAGGUUACCGGAUACGGCAGCAAAGGCAAGCAGUUGGGAUUUAGAGGAUUAUUCGAAGACUAGAGAAUGGGCACCAGCACCUAUAACCGGGAAUAGAGGUAUUCAAACCUAUUUUGGAUCUUAACCAGAUGCAGUAGAUGAACAUGCUCAUUCUAUUCGAGGAUGGUAAAAGGGCGAAAAUCUUCGAUCUACGUCUUCAGGCGUGAUCAUGCUUCGUGUAUUUCCAUUCCCCCAAAUCGUCCAAAUUUUGACUAUCUAAUUUCCAGGUGUAAUGCUUCGUGCGUUUGCCGAGGAUGCACCGACAUUAGCCAAGAGUACGGAGAUUGUGAACAACAUCAUCACGAUGCAGACCAUUCUGGGUCCAGAGCGAGGUCGCGACCACGCUACAUUGCUGAAGAACUCCAGUUUUGCCGCUACUGCGUGAGGCGGCUGACGACAGGAAUCACAAGUGGAAAGUAUCGAAGAUCAUGCUCAUAAGGGGAAUGCAUCACCGAUCAUAAUGAUCUUCAUCAUCAUGGGUAGACGAAGUGAUGGAGGUGCUGAAAUUAAAUACAACUGUUGUAGCGGACGUAACUAUGAUACGCUUCUACGAGAACUACUCCAAGAACUAGAUUUCAUUCGUGAAAAAAUAUCAUGAUGGCGUGCAACAACAACAAGUAACUAUAAAGCAUAAAAUGAACUUCUGGCGCGAUUUUCAUUUUUCAAAAUAAUUCUAGAAAAUACUAGUGUUGACCACAAAGUAGAAACAAUAUAACAUUCAAAUGAACUAGCUACCUAUCUAUUACCUCCUAUCUCGAAAUUUUAUUGGAUCUUAUCGCGGGUCAAUGUCUGAGGAUAAUGCAUGAUGAGGUCGUUGUCGAGUCAUGGCAACGAACUUCAGCAGUGAUUAUACAUGAAAUGUCAUGAAGGCGAGAGUAUCAUCAUCAAGCUAGAAUUGCUCGUGGACGCAGAGUACUUUUCGAGGUAGCCUCGAGGUGGUCGUGGCUUGCAUAUAAUCGGGCUCGGGCUGUCAUGUGCAUAAUCGCCACUGGCCGACGAGGAGAAGAAAACUCGUCAUGUUGUAACACAAUUCUCAAACUCCUUAAUUUUCAAGAUGAAAUCUCAGUGCGUUGAAUAUUGAAUGUUGAACUUUUCAUGUAUCUAUGUGGCUUGACCAACAUUCUUGAAAUACAGCUACAGCAGCGCAUCAAGUAAUUAUGAGAUGAAACCGCUGCAAGUGCAAAAUGAAAGUUUCAUCUUUGCGAAACCAACUAGGAUGCGCAUCAGAUUACUUAAAAAAUAAUCCAAUUCGAAUUGGUGUGUUAUUUCUAC